AUUAGCAGUGAGAUGUCAAUACGAAAUUUCAUAAAAACGGUAUAAUGAUCCGAAGAGGGUUUUAGAAUUUUAGCUGUGAGAAGUCACUCAAGUCAGAAAACACCGAGUGAGGAAGAAGGCGAGAAUGGAGGGAGUAUCGAACCAGAGAUUCCCGAAGAUUAAAAUCCGGGAAGUGAAGGACGACUACAUGAAGUUUGAGCUUCGCGACACUGAUGCCAGCAUAGCCAACGCGCUUCGGCGCGUAAUGAUCGCCGAGGUUCCCACCAUCGCCAUUGACCUCGUUGAAAUCGAGUGCAACUCCACGGUCCUCAACGACGAGUUCCUUGCCCACCGUCUUGGCCUCAUUCCUCUCACCAGCGAGCGGGCAAUGAGCAUGCGCUUCUCGCGCGAUUGUGACGCCUGCGACGGAGACGGCCAGUGCGAGUUUUGCUCAGUCGAGUUCUACCUCCGUGUGAAGUGCCUUGGUGACCAAACCCUAGACGUUACCAGCAAGGACCUUCUGAGCUCUGACCACACUGUCCAACCCGUUGAUUACUCAGAUUCUACUUCCCCUAAUCCGGAAUCUAAGGGGAUUAUUAUUGUUAAGCUACGACGUGGACAAGAGCUGAGGCUGAGAGCAAUUGCACGGAAAGGAAUUGGAAAAGAUCAUGCAAAGUGGUCACCUGCAGCAACAGUUACAUUUAUGUAUGAGCCAGAUAUCUAUAUAAAUGAAGACAUGAUGGACACUUUGACACUUGAGGAGAAAAGAAGCAUUGUGGAAAGCAGCCCCACCAAAGUGUUUGACAUUGACCCUGUUACCCAACAGAUUGUUGUGGUUGAUGCGGAAGCAUAUACAUAUGAUGAGGAGGUGCUUAAGAAAAUUGCAUCUAUGGACAAACCUGGGCUUAUAGAAAUCAAUCCCAGGGAAGAUAGCUUCAUAUUCACAGUCGAAUCAACAGGUGCAAUCAAAGCUUCUCAGUUAGUGCUCAAUGCGAUCGAGGUUUUGAAGCAGAAGUUGGAUGCAGUCCGCUUAUCUGAGGAUACAGUCGAAGCAGAUGACCAAUUUGGAGAGUUGGGUGCGCAUCUGCGAGGCGGGUAAUCACAGACUGCCCUUGCGACCUUAACUUUUAAUUUACUCCGUAUUUCUUAAGCGUAUCAGGGAUGUGGAACUGGUAACUUCUUCAUUGCAAGAAAAGGAUUGAUGACCUGUGUGUUUUUAACCCCUCUCUUGAAGAAUAUAUGUUACAUUCCAAGUACAAGUUAAGUUAUCAUUGAUUUGGGGGGGGGGGGGGGGUGUGCAGGGUGUUUGCAGCUAAAAGCCUAAAAUGCUCUUGGAGGUUGUUUGCUUGUUUCAAUUAAGUAAUUAACUCAUGUUUAGAUCAAGAUGACUAUCUAUAUUAAAAAUAUACGGAGUAUGUAUUAUUUACUUCGUGUGCUGCAUACAGCAU